AAACCUCCAUUCCCCCUUCCUCCCUCUUCUGUGUCCCCGCUAUACCUGAAGGCCUUGGGGACCAACAGCACCAGUGGCAGUAUUGAGCCAUACCUCUCUGGUAUCAAAACGGGAAUUUUCUCAGGCCGAGUGCCCUCUCCUGCAGCAGCAUUUGCCCCUGGCCUAAGGAAGUACCCCCAGGAGGGGGCAAUGCCCUCCCUGACAGCCUCCUCCAGCCAAGCAAAGGCCCUGCUGGCAAGCCUGUCUGCCUCCGGUCUGAGCACUGAGGCCCUGCUCCUCUCCUCCACCCUCCGACAUCGCCGCCUUCUACGUGAGCAGCGAGCCUCCUCCUUGCCUCUGCCCAGCAGCCUGUCCACCCCCUCUACUCCCACUGCUACCUCCCCCUCCUCUUCUGCCUCACCCACCACCCCAACUCCUUCCCUGUCUCCCUCCUCCCCAACCCCUCUGAGCUCCCUUAACCCCCCUUCUGCGGUUCUCAAGCCCAGCGGUUGUAGCUCCAGCCUCAACAGCUGCAAGGAGGAUGGCAAUGAGCAUGUGAAUAAGGACCUCGCCCCUGGCAGCACUCAGUGAUGAAGAGGAGGAGGACACGGGAGAAUUCAAGCACCAUCACAUUAUGAACCAUGACGAGAAAACAACUGCAUUAUGGAUUUUUUUUAGUGUCAUAUUUUAUUUCAGGACUUUUUCGCUUUUUCUUCCUCUUCUUUUUCCUCUCUAAUUUUGGCAUCACUCCAGUAUGCAGAGUCUUCAAAUUUCCAUGGCAAGAACUAUCUUACUGUAAAAGCAGUCACAAUCUUCUUCUUGGACAAGUUUCCUACUCUGAUCUGGUUCCAUAGUUCCUCUGCAGUUCUCCCACGCAGUCAUACUGCCAGUCUGCCAGAAAGAGAGCGCACAAACGGGCCUCCCCUCCUACCAGCUGCCUGCUGUAAGCUGAUGUGGUCUGGAUGGAUUUACUGACAGUAGCAGUCUCAUAUAAACCCUCACUCACUGGGGUUGUUAGUGGAAUAGACAACAUUUCUAGACUGUGACUUUUAUCAUAGAAAAUAGAACUGCAAUAAUCACCAAGUGAGUCCAGUAGUCGUGUGUGUUCAGGAUAAUAUUGCUCUCACAUCACCUGGCAGAAUGUGCUCAGAAAAAAAUCAAAAGUAGAUCAAGGUGAUGAUUGUGGUUUCAAGCUGUUUUGUGUUAAAAGGGCAUUUGUGGCUUUUCUUGCAUCACCUGUGUUUUAAACUCUGAACUGGUGCUAUAUUUUCCCCUCCGUUUGUACACACUGUGUAAAGAGUUUACAUGAUUGUCCUCAUGCCCUGAUCUCUGACCUGAUGUGAUCUGAUCUGCUUUGUUGCAAGCAUACAUUCCACUGUCUGACUUUGAUUUCAUGUCACACUGAAUACUAAUAUGCAUCCCUGCAGAAAGAAAUCCUUGCAUCGAAAAUUAGAAACAAUUAUGGGAAAAUCUUUGAUUUGAAAAAGACAGUGUAUUCACAAAAGCACAUUGUAGGGAGAAGUCCUAACAGCACAUUUAAAAUAGAACCAGGAGGUACAGUUACACAAACAGGAGAAAGGAAUGCAACUAGUGAAUUGUACAGACAUGUUGAAUUUCUGUAUAUGUGUAUUAACUAGUUAAUUAUGACAAUCAGGAUGUUUCUGCAGUAGCAUCUUACAGGUUGCUCCGGCAUUUUGGCACCUGACAUCACAAACCUUCCCAAAGACUCAAGCGCACACACAGUGAUGAUUAACACACACAUUUUGUCACACAGUCUGCACUUGUAAAGCCAAGCUGUUCGCAGAAGCACAGACUCUACUAGUUGUUUGUUUCAGCAAAUCUUGUGUGGUGAUUAAGGUUUUAAGUCACAUCUGUUGCACCAUUGAUAUCGAGCACUUUGGUAAAAUAUGCCACAUCGACCAGAACACAAUUUCACCCUUUAAGGAAUCUGAUCUACAGAGUGACGGAUGAAGUGGCUUCUUUUGGAGACACUUGUUUCUUUUGAACUUCAAAGUUACUCUGAUGGGAAGCAGCUUCCAAUGUUUUCAGCUAAAUUUGCAGGUCUUAUUGUAAAAUGGAAUGCCUUCUUAGAACAGAAUGUAUCUUUCACUGCGGUGAAGUGAUCGCACUUCAACAUCUAUGAGACUGUUUCAACUCUUGAGUAGUGUUUGAAAGAUAAAGAGAGUUAAUCAGCACAUAUUUAGAGACUUCAAAUACAGCUUGACCCUUCAAGGGCCUGAGAUGAGAAUAUAAAAAUAAAAAGCAAGCACAGUUUCCUCUCAAACGCCUGACACUUUCCUCGAAUUUUGACCUUGUGAAUCCGGUUAAUUAUAACAAGCACAAAGCUAUAAAUGUUCCUUAAAGGAAGGAAAAAAAUAUCCCUGCAUAUUUAAAAUACCAUACAUUAGAUUACCAAUAUUACCGUUGCCUCAUUUGGUUUUAUUACCUGCAUGUUGAAACAUUUAUGAAUGUUAGGCCUUUGGUGUGCCUCAGUGACAGUAGUUUAUCACUAUUUAAAGCACAUCAAAGGCCUGUCAGUGAUUCCCUAAGUGUAAACCCUGAACAAGGAACCAUUCUAAAGCUCCCUGUCCUGUGUUAUUGCCUUAAGGCUGCCCACUGGGGAGGUGAUGAGGUUGAACGGACAGUCAUAGACAAAGUGAUUUUUUAUUUUUUAUUUCAGUGGUUCACAAGAAUGACCGUGUGAAAUCGAUUCUUUGUGGCAUUGAGAUUAAAACGUGCAAAAGGGGAUCAUGUCAAAGAGUAGGCAGCUUGAGGAGAGGGGAUUAGUUUGGGGACAUGUGUUUGAAGGCUUCUUUAAUAAGGCCAACUUUGACUUGCCUUGUCUCUAUCGAGAGCGCUUGUGAUAUAAAAGACCCAAAGAGAUGAGAGGAAGGGUCUGACAGUCAGAGAGCCAUUAAGCGGCUGUUCUUUCCCUGCCCCUCUCACUUUGCUUUGUCUUUGGUGCGGGGCGUCUGUGAAAUAAAAACCAUUCAGUUUGAGGUAAUCCUAGGACAAAGUUUGAUAGGCAAGUUAACAGUGUGUGCAAUAUGUAUUAGCACUCUUGCAAUUUUGCCAAGGCAGUGCUCUUUGCCUUUGUGAAACUCCUGCCUGUUUGUCUGCAAGGACCUGUUACCAUGUUUUUCCCAGUGCCUCUAAGACUUUGUUCUUACCAGAAAUCCCCAGUUGAUCUUGUAUUACAGUAUUAGAUCAGCAGCAAUGACAGAAUACCACUUUUACCCAAAGAAGAGACUGCAAGAAUUGGCUUGUUCCCAUUUUUAUUUUAUUUAUUUAUUUUUUCAAAAAAAGAAAGAAAGAAAAAGAGAAAACAGCACUUGAAAUGCAGAGUGUGUCAGGUUGCAGCGGUGGCAUUUGACUAAACACUCCCCAAGUUCUAACAAUGUGAAACUGCAAGCUCACAGCACAGCGAAUUACGCCUCACCCUGGGUGCUCUGUGGCUUCGCCAGGCAGGUUCAAGCCCUGGGUUUCAUAUUGAGUGAAGUCAAAUGAAAGAAAUUCACUUACUCAUGCUGUUCCACACUCAAAUCCAUAACUCUCCGAGUUAAAUUUGCUGCAUUUGCGUCUGGUGAGCGUUGGGGAGGAAGUAUUCACGCUUGGCUGCUUUCCCCAAGUAAAGUCGGAGAUGAAACCUCCCAGAAUUGCGUGACAGUGCUCUCUGGAAUGAUUUUUUUUUUUUUCCUCAAGACAAGUGUUAGUGGGCUGUGAUUUCAACAUGGCCGGAGGCUUAGAGGGCAUGUCGCAGACACUUACAGUGGAUGCCACUGGCAAUCAGAAAAACUCAUGCAAACUUGAAAUCAAACAUAGGAGAAAUAUACAUAUAUAAAUAUAUCUAAGUGAGAUGUUUGUGUAUGAUAUUAUAAUUGUGAAGAAAAGUGUGAUAUAUAUAUAGGCCUAGAGUAAAUUAUAUACUGUAAAAUGUCAUCAUCUCUUCAGUUUUAUAUAUUAGUGACCAUUUUGUACAGAUUUUUCUUUUUUAAUUCAUUGAGAGAGAUAUUACAUUUCACACUGAGAUUAUUUAUUCAUACGCAGAACAUUUUUAUAUUUGUUUAAAAAUAUCUGUAUAGAUAACAGUUAGCCUCUGUAAUAUAUGCUGAAGUUCAUUUUUAAAUUCUAGGGUUUUCUUCACUGAGUUAGAUUUUAUGUAAUUUUGAUUUUUUUUAAAAGCUUGUCCCUGAAAAUGCUCGUCCAGCUCGUCUGCACCUUUGCCUCCUUAUGUGAAGGGUCACUAUUGAGGUGCCAGAGGCUGGACCAGUGCCUGUGCUUAGGGGCUUAUUUUGCUACUAUCUUUUUGUUUUAGGGGGUUGUUUUCUGGACCUUUGGUCUGUUAUUUUUGGUUUCACCCCAUCCUGUAUUUGUGAUUCAGCUUGUAUUAGUGAGUUGGUCAGAAACACGGAUAUUGUGGUAACUACUGUGAAAGGUCAGUUAGUGGGCCCAAAGGCUUCAUAUGGAGCCUUGCUGCUUUGACAGAAGUAAGUUACAUGGCUUUAAUUUCCCUCUGUGUCAUGUUUGCAUGUGAACAGGAGUGGUAGCAAUGUGAACGUGGAUGCUCAGUGCAUAAGCAUUAAGAGACAACAGGCUCUAAAUCAUUACAACAGGUGGAAGUACAUUUUGUUGUGCACUCAGUCGCAGUUGUUGCACUGAGUGGCUUUAAGUAGCAGUUAAGCUAAACCACAGAAGUCGUUAAAACCACCAAGAUGGAUCAAUAAGGGAAUUAAUUGUGUGAAUUAAAAGUUUUCUCUCUUCCUUUUGCCAUUGUAUCUUUUUUUAUAACGAACCUACAUUCUAUAGUAUGUAUAUGAGGUUUUUACAUGAAUGUGUGGAUGUUCAAAAAUCUUGGCAUCAAAAGUAGAAGAACAAAAAUUGACUUGUAAAUAGGCCAAGUCAUUCCUAGCGAGUUCAACAAAUUGUUAUGUCCAAAAGAAGAUGUUUUAUUAAUAAACUAUGACGAUGGGUACAAAGGUAUAUACAAAACAAUGCAUGUAUAGUCUCAAGCAAUCGCACGGUGCAGUCGAAAAAAAUGUUGUCUACAUGUUUUCUCAAAAAAAUGAGAAAGAGCAAAAGGGAAAAGCGGUGCUGUGUUAGAGGUUUACAAACAUGAAGAAUGAGAUGUUAUUUUGGUAUCUGUGACACAGGCAUGUUCAGUCUUACUGUGAUGUUAUGUGACUAUGAAGAUGACGAUUGUGGCAGAGAGUGUUAGAUGUCUAGAGGGAUUCAGAAUGCUGGGACGCACCCCAACCAGAGAAGUCACCAGUGAUGGUGUACUCUUUCCACAGAGUGAUUCUCCCAUUUGUAGAGUAGUGUGAUAUAAGAACAAAAAUAAUACAGAAAAUAGAUCUAUAAUAUAAUGAUAUAUAAAUUUAAAAGCCUACUGAUACUGGAGAUACUAAUUUAUCAGUGUGGAUGCCAUGAUAUUCUGUGAGAAAUGUGUGUGUUUUUCCUGUGAGAAGACAGUUGGCAGUUGAACCUGCCUUCUUUUGUACAUAAUUUGCUGUGAUUGUGUGUCCAAUAAAGUGCAGCUCUCUU